CUGAAAGUAUCUCCUGUGACAAUGGAUGGAGAAGGGUUUGGAGAGCUUCUGCAGCAGGCUGAGCAGCUUGCUGCAGAAACAGAAGGAGUUACUGAACUACCUCAUGUAGAGAGGAACCUACAGGAGAUCCAGCAGGCUGGUGAGAGGUUGCGCUCCAAAACCAUGACUCGCACUUCUCAGGAGUCAGCCAAUGUGAAAGCGUCUGUUCUGCUGGGAUCAAGAGGUCUUGACAUCUCUCACAUUUCCCAGAGGCUUGAGAGUCUUAGUGCAGCCACAACAUUCGAGCCUUUGGAACCUGUUAAAGACACGGAUAUCCAGGGUUUUCUUAAGAAUGAGAAGGACAAUGCUCUUCUGUCUGCCAUUGAAGAAUCCAGGAAGAGAACAUUUGUGAUGGCUGAAGAAUACCACAGGGAGUCCAUGCUUGUAGAGUGGGAACAAGUAAAACAGAGAGUCUUACACACCCUGCUUGCUUCAGGAGAAGAUGCGCUAGACUUUACACAGGAAAGUGAGACAAGUUAUAUUAGCGAGUCUGGAGCACCAGGUCGCAGUUCACUAGAUAAUGUGGAAAUGGCAUAUGCGCGACAGAUUUAUAUGUACAAUGAGAAGGUUGUGAGUGGUCAUCUGCAGCCAAGUCUGGUUGAACUGUGCACAGAGGCUGCUGAAAGACUAGAUGACAAGAAUGUGUCGGAUUUAUGGGUUAUGGUGAAGCAGAUGACAGAUGUUCCAUUGAUUCCAGCCUCUGACUCUCUGAAAAGCCGUUGUAGUGUUCAGAUGCAGAUGGCUUUCCUACGUCAAGCAUUACAUUUUCUAGAGCAAAGCUAUAAAAAUUAUACUCUGAUGAGUGUAUUUGCCAACCUGCAGCAGGCUCAGCUCGGAGGUGUUCCUGGAACCUACAAUCUUGUGAGAAGCUUCCUGAAUAUUAGAUUGCCAGCACCGAUCCCAGGCCUUCAGGAUGGAGAAGUUGAAGGUUACCCAGUAUGGGCUCUGAUCUACUACUGUAUGCGCUGUGGAGAUCUUAUGGCAGCUCAGCAAGUGGUGAACAGGGCCCAGCAUCAGCUAGGAGAUUUCAAGAAUUGUUUUCAAGAAUAUGUGCACAGUAAAGACAGACGGUUAUCUCCAACAACAGAGAACAAGCUUCGCCUACAUUACAGAAGAGCUGUAAGGGCAAGCACUGACCCUUACAAAAGAGUUGUGUACUGCAUAAUUGGAAGAUGUGAUGUAACCGAUAACCACAGUGAAGUGGCUGAUAAGACAGAGGAUUACUUGUGGCUAAAGUUAAGUCAGGUUUGUUUUGAAGAUGAAGCUAACAGUUCUCCUCAAGACAGGCUGACAUUGCCACAGUUUCAAAAGCAGCUAUUUGAGGACUACGGUGAAUCUCACUUUGCUGUUAAUCAACAGCCGUACCUAUACUUCCAAGUCCUCUUCCUGACAGCUCAGUUUGAGGCAGCUAUUGCUUUUUUGUUUCGUUUGGAACGUACACGUUGUCAUGCUGUGCAUGUGGCACUUGCUCUGUUUGAGCUGAAAUUGCUUCUGAAGUCAACAGGGCAAAGUGCACAGUUAUUGAGUCUAGAACCAGGUGACCCUCAGGGUGUCAGGCACCUAAAUUUCAUCCGUCUUUUGAUGCUCUAUACUAGGAAGUUUGAGCCCACGGACCCCAGGGAAGCUUUACAAUACUUUUAUUUUCUCAGGAAUGAGAAGGACAGUCAAGGUGAAAGCAUGUUCCUCCGAUGUGUCAGUGAGCUGGUGAUUGAAAGUCGAGAGUUUGACAUGCUUCUGGGGAAAUUAGAAAAAGAUGGAAGCCGAAAGCCUGGAGCAAUUGAUAAAUUCACAAGAGAUACCAAGACAAUCAUUAAUAAGGUAGCAUCUGUGGCAGAAAACAAGGGACUGUUUGAGGAAGCUGCAAAGUUGUAUGACCUUGCAAAGAACCCAGACAAGGUUUUGGAGCUGACCAAUAAACUAUUAAGUCCUGUGGUAUCCCAGAUCAGUGCCCCACAGUCUAACCGAGAGCGGCUCAAGAACAUGGCUCUAGCUAUUGCUGAGAGAUACAAAAGUCAAGGUGUAAGUGCAGAGAAAUCCAUUAACUCAACAUUUUACCUUCUCCUGGAUUUGAUAACCUUUUUUGAUGAGUAUCAUGCAGGGCAUGUUGACCUUGCUUUUGAUGUUAUUGAAAGACUAAAGUUGGUGCCUUUGAGUCAGGAUAGUGUAGAAGAGAGAGUGGCAGCCUUCCGGAACUUCAGUGAUGAGAUCAGACAUAACCUGUCUGAAAUUCUUCUUGCAACCAUGAAUAUUUUAUUCACCCAAUACAAGAGGCUGAAGGGUAGUGGGCCAAAUACUUUAGGGCGUCCACAGAGAGCACAAGAGGAUAAGGAUUCGGUCCUACGCAGUCAAGCUCGUGCUCUUAUCACCUUUGCAGGGAUGAUUCCAUACAGGAUGUCUGGGGACACAAAUGCCCGACUUGUACAGAUGGAAGUUCUCAUGAAUUGAUUUAGAGAUUCUAGCUUAGUCUAUUCCACCUUUUCCAGUAUGCAUAGAUUAUAUGUUCCAUUAUCCUUAAUAAAUAUUUUUCAUAUUC